CACUAAAUUAGUCACCGAAAGUUCACAUGUUCAUUGUUGUGCAAAAUCAUUCGAUUAUUCACAUUUUCCUUGUUAAUUAAUAAUUCAAACUCAAAAAUGGCUCUUCACGUCCCUAAAGCCCCGGGCUUCGCCCAGAUGUUAAAAGACGGAGCGCGGUACUACUCUGGUCUCGAAGAAGCAGUGAUUCGAAAUAUCAACGCUUGCAAAGAAUUUGCCCAAUCCGUGCGUUCAGCUUAUGGCCCCAAUGGCAUGAACAAAAUGGUGAUUAACCAUCUUGAGAAGCAAUUUGUGACCAGUGAUGCUGCCACGAUAAUUAGGGAACUCGAUGUUGAACACCCUGCCGCCAAACUGAUGAUUCUUGCGAGUCAAAUGCAAGAUUCUGAAGUGGGUGAUGGCACAAACUUUGUGAUUAUCUUGGCUGGGGCUCUUUUGGAAGCUUCCGAAGAACUUAUCAGGUUAGGGGUUACACCAACUGAAGUUGCAGAGGGUUAUGAGAAAGCCCUUGAAAAGUGUCUUGAAAUUCUUCCAAAACUAAUCUGCUACGAAAUCAAAGAUUACAGAAACUUGAAUGAAGUGGUUAAAGGGAUUAAAUCAUCAAUCCAAUCGAAACAGUAUGGAAAUGAGGACUUUCUUGCUAGUUUAGUAGCCAAAGCGUGUGUUUCAAUCCUACCUGAAGACACCACAUUUAAUGUUGACAAUGUGCGUGUUUGCAAAGUAUUAGGUUCAGGUCUGCAAAACUCCCAAGUUGUCCAAGGAAUGGUCUUUAAAAGACAAGUCGAAGGAGAAAUCACUAAAGUACAGAACGCUAAAGUUGCUGUUUACAGUUGUGCAGUUGACGUAAUGCAAACUGAGACUAAAGGAACAGUUCUGAUUAAAACUGCAGAUGAGCUGAUGAAUUUCAGUAGGGGAGAGGAGAAUCUCUUGGAAAUACAGAUCAAGUCUAUUGCUGAUACUGGAGCAAAAGUGAUUGUCGCUGGCGCUAAAUUUGGAGAUAUGGCCUUACAUUACAUCAAUAAGUAUGGAUUGAUGGCAGUGAGGCUUAAUUCUAAGUUUGAUGUGAGAAGACUCAGCAAAACGGUUGGGGCGACAGUGCUGCCACGUUUGACGGCCCCCACACCCCAAGAAUUGGGUUAUUGCGAUGUAGUCUGUGUUGAGGAACUCGGGGAUACCCCCAUUGUAGUCUUCAGACUUGAAGGCAAACAGUCUCGCAUUUCCACCAUAGUCGUUCGUGGCGCUACUGACAACUAUAUGGACGACAUCGAACGAGCUAUCGACGAUGGUGUCAACACUUUCAAGGGUAUAUCACGUGAUGGGCGUUUCCUAGCCGGCGCAGGGGCUGCAGAAGCCGAGUUGGCUCAUCAGUUAACUCAGUACGCUGAUACUCUUCCCGGUUUGGAACAAUACGCCGUGAGAAAAUUUGCAACAGGGUUGGAAAGUUUUUCUAAGACUAUUGCAGAUAACAGCGGACAUCGGUCUACUGUUGUUUUAGAAAAAAUUCUACAAGCUCAUCAGAAUGGACAGAAAAAUGUUGGAGUUGAUAUCGAUGCCGAAAGCACGAUUUGUGACGCUUUAGAAAAGAAUAUUUUGGAUUUGUAUUCUUGCAAAUAUUGGGGGUUGAAAUAUGCAGUGGGAGCUGCAGCGACGAUUCUUCGAGUUGAUCAAAUUAUCAUGGCGAAGAGGGCCGGAGGACCCAAACCGAGACAAGCAGCAGGAAGCGAUGACGAAUCAUAAAUAGUUUUUUUUUUAAUUCGUUAACAAUACUUAAAUGUUUUGUAUUUGCACUUUCACAUGUAUUAUUUAACAACUAAUAACAAGUAUCAAAAAAUA